GAUUGUGCGCGAAUAUUUUACAGCGUGCCACAGCACUCGCACGUACUGGUUUUAUUAUACCCCAGUGGAGCGUACCCAGCGACAAACAGAGGAGCCUUGUCAGCCAAGAUUUCUCAAGACGUAAAAAUGCUGGUGAAAUCAAACAGUGAGUAUGACUCUUUCCUCUACUGGAGACAGCCCAUCUCAGCCCCGGACCUGUCCGAGCUGGAAGACCUGGGUGUGACCAACAGCAAGCCAACCAAGAAGAGCAAGAAGGCCACCAAGAAACAGAAUGCUGCCUUAGCCAAGCCAAGGAAGCAGCAAGAGGCACAGGAGGCUGAAUUGUCAGAGUACACCACCUUCAACUACUGGAGAGAGCCUAUCCCCAGCAUCGACCUCCUCGACUUCAAACUGCUUCUGUGAGAACCAUCCCCAUCUUAGCCUCCCACUGACCCCAUCCCCAUCCCUCUCCUCACACUGACCUCAUCUGGAUAACCAUGGAUUUUAAGUUUCUGGUCACAAGAAGAAGUACUGAAUCUGUAUUAGUCUGUACUGUGCAUUUUUGUUUAGGAUCCGACCCUUUUUUUCAAUUUUCGCCUAAAAUGACAUACCCAAAUCUAACUGCCUGACCUGAAGCAAGGAUAUGCAUAUUCUUGAUGCCAUUUGAAAGGAAACACUUUAAAGUUUGUGGAAAUGUGAAAUUAAUGUAGGAGAAUAUAGCACAUUAGAUCUGGUAAAAGAUGGUAAAAUAUUUUUGCCCCCUUGUAUUAUCUUUGAAAUGCAAGGGAAAGGCCAUAAUGCAUUAUUCCAGCGCACGUACAAUUUAGAUUUUGGCCACUAGAUGGCAGCGGUGUAUGUGCAAAGUUUUAGACUGAUCCAAUGAACCAUCGCAUAUCUGUUCAAAAUGUUGUAUCAAGACUGCCAAAAUGUGCCUAAUUGGUGCCUAAUCAAGUUUAUAAUUGUGCACUCUGCUCAAACAAUAGCAUGGUAUUUUCACUGUAAUAGCUACUGUAAAAUGGACAGUCCAGUUAGAUUAACAAGAAUUUAAGCUUUCUGCUCAUAUAAGAUAUGUCUAUGUCCUGGUAUUUUUUUUGUUACUUACAACCUCAUGCUAAUCACAUUAGCCUACUUAGCUCAACCGUCCUGUGGAGGGGACACCGAUCCCGUAGAGGAUAACCUCCAAAUAAUACUGAAAGGAUGAGGGGUAAAUGUUUUAACUUGCAGGUGACUGGCACUGUGAAUGACAUUCUAGGGAGUUCUGCUUAGGUUUUCUCCACAUGCGGGCUACAUGACUUGAUCACUAAUUUCAACAAACAUAACUAAGUAUAAAUGGCAAUAAGGUGAGCCUUUAAAUUAUUAUAAAUAGUUAAAUUGCACACUGACUGCAAGGCUCCUGUCUCACAUUAAGGACUUACACAUUCAUCAUUUGUGAGAGAACUUGAGUAUGCUACAUCACAUUUUUUAACAAAUGCAAAGUGCUGUCUCAUUUUUAGCCUCACCUAAAACAGGCUUGAAGGGUAGUGCCAACCCGAGCCUUGGAGAGUGUCCGCAUAUUGUAUUUAUAAGUAGUUAUUUAUAAGUAGUAGAAAGUAAAGCACCUCCACACAGAACAGAUAUUUUAAAAGCUCUUAGGGAGCCACAAGCAUGACUGUCUUUUGCACUUUGUAUUGAUUGCCUUGAUUUGUUUCAGACACUGAACUGACUGGUUCAAACCCACCCAAUUAAUUAAGUAUGCUGCUUUUAGUCUGCCCUAAGUAGGCCUCAACAGAGUGCAAUGACUGAGGAUAAAUGUUAGGGAUUCCAAUGCAGAGCUGGUCAACUGUUUUCUUUACUUUCUGCAUAGACCACUGUACUGUCUGAAUGUCAAGGAAAGAAUGGAUUGAAAUGUUUAAUGAAAGAAGGGAAAGGAAUGUUUUUUAUUGUGUCAGACUGAUUGCACAUGGUCUUGAAAGUACAGUAGUACACUUUCUAAUUUAGGAUACUUUUAAUCAUAAAGCUAACUUGUGCAAUGAGCAGUAAAUUCCCAAAUGUGACUCAUCGUACUUGGUCUGAGUUUUCUGAAAUAAAUGGAGAUUAAGAUA